AUGCAGAAACACGCCGUCAAGUCAGUCCGCGAGUGUCUGCUGCAGUGCAUUGUGGGUGUGGUGGAGGGUUAUAACAGGAGAUUGUGCCGCUCAGAUCUGAUUGUUCCCUAUAAAGACGUGUGGAUUCAGAAACUGAUUAUCACAGGAAAAGACUCGGUGCGCGUCUCCAAACACAAUGCAGACGCUCAGAAAAGAUCGUCCAAAGCGAGGAGCCUCACGCUGGAGGAUGAGGACUGGAUCUGGACGGCCAAUAAGAAGACGCCGCUGAUCACUGGAUCCAAUCUGACGCGCUCUGGAAGCGUUAAAGAUCUCAUAUACAGGUUCGACGGGCCGCCAACGCCGCCGCGCCUCGGCUCGCUGAAGAUCAAACAGCAAGACGUGAGCGCACGGGAUUCUGGGAAAAUGAGACAUGAAAGCAGAGAGAGAGGGAAGAACCAGAACCCGGUCUCCGGUGAACCGUCAGAACCAGAAACACAAGAAAGCUCAGAGCAGAAACGCCACAGCGCAGAGAAGAAGAAGAAGAGCGAUGACAAACAAACGUCCCGGCGCAGCAAAGACAAAGCGGCUGUCUCUGAUCCCGGUCCGCAUUCCAGCCUAUACGGCGAGAAGCAGCACAGCGGCCCUCAGUCGAAGGAGGAGCCCACCACCCCCAAAAUCCGCCCCAACCCCAAGUACCAGCUCUACCUGGGCUACAACGGCACCAGCGGCUCCAAUGGGUCAGUGGGGGACGGCGGCGGGAGCCACGGGAAUCUGCUGAGGGUCAGUUCAGUGAUCCGCGGCUCCAUGGAGUCGCUCUCAUCCCGGGACUGGGACAGCAUGUCCGACAGAACGGGCGGCUUUGAAAGUCCUCCCCGAGUUUUCAACAGUCCGUAUUCGACGCUCUCGCUGGACUACAAUCCCAUCAACAGAAUGUCUGACUUCAAGACACAGGAAGUGAUGUCACCCGCCGGCUCUGAGAUGAGUCUGUUUGGUCUGAACAGAAGCGUGAGUCCUGUUAGCAGUCCAGCUGUGAACCACCGCACACGAGUCCCCGGAUACGACAGUCUGACCCGCAGACGAGACGUGAGUCUGCGCCACAGAGAAGCAGGAAAUACAUAUUCAUCCAUAAAAUAAGCAAUCAGUUUAUAUUACAAUUAUAUGUAUGUUAACUGAAAUAAAAUAAAAUAUAAAAAAAUGUAAACUUAUUCUAUCUC